AGAAACAGUGUAAAGUGCUUUGUAGAACUGCUAAGGUUAAAAAAAAAAGCACUAUAUAAGUGCAGACCAUUUACCAUAAAACACAGACACACAGACACACACACACAUACACACAAUGAAAUGGCAAUUCACUGUGAGAAAGAAAAAGUCAGAUGCUGGAAGGAGUCUAUGAGUCUACACAUCAAGAUAGUAGCUUAUAGAUGUUGCAAUCCCCGACAAUAAAACUUAAGUAUAGUAACAAAGUGCAGCUGUGGUAAUUUCCAUUUGUAUGGAAAAGUUACGUAUGGAAAGGUUAUGUUUGGAAAAAUUCUAUAUGGAAAAGUUCUUGCCUCAUAAUGAGUAUAUUAAGGUAUAAUAAAGUAUAAUAAAAAUAUAUGAGUAAAAUAGUGUGAAAUUGAUGAGAUACGUUAUUGUCUUGAGUCUUGUUUGUCUUCAAAAUGGGGCUCAGUCUUAAACCUUGGGGUUCUAAGCGACAUCCUAUACAAUAUUUAAAUUUUAAAAUCCUGAUAUUCUCCAUUCAUACAAGGCCCGAUGAGAGCUCUAUGUGACUUCUUAUAUAGCUUAUAACUAGGCAGUUCUGGUUGUUAGUACUGAAGUUAGAUUUGAAUGAUCACUACAAUGUAAGCUCUAUGAAGGCACAGAUCAUUCAUAAGUAAUAGGGAAAAAGUCACUACUUUUUGUUUUUCCCAAAAGCAGCUAGACAUCUCCUCUUCCUUACCACUUUUCCAUAAUAAUAGCUGCAAGGAAAGUUUGAAUUACAUUCCAUGUGGGUUUGUUUUGUCCUCCACCUAUAAAUUUGAGUGAGCAUGUCACAGGUUUUCUUUUAAAAUGCAUUGAACAUGAUGCUGCAUUUAUUAAUAUAAAUUUGUUUGCCUGAAGUACAUACAUCUUUUAACUCCUUCUGUUCAUAAUGUAUGACUCACAAAACCAAUAUGCUAGUGGUACCUGUAAAUAACCUGUCAGAAUCUAGAUACCUAAUUUCUGGGUUCUUUUGUGUUUUUUUGGUUUGUUUAGGUUUUUUGCAACUGUUCCUGCAUCUAUAUUGCAGCUUGACACUUAGCCAGCCAGAAGACACCUCUACUGCCAAAGCCAACUACUAUCAGGAGAAGAUUGGCAGCUCUCCCAACACUGUCUCCCUCAAAAGCAGUCACUCCACAGAGACUGCUCUGCUUUCCGUCACUGAAGCCUUUCGACUAGCAAGAUCAACCACAAGAUCAUCUGUCCUCAUCCUACUCGACCUCUCUGCUGUCUGUGACACUGUGAAUCAUCAGAUUCUCCUGUCAACUCUCUCCAGCCUAGGCAUCACCAGAACAGCUUUGCGCUGGGUGGAAUCCCCUUGCUCAGUCAGAUCCUUCAAGGUACUGUGGAGGGGAGGGAUUUCUGAAACUCAGCAACUCACAACUGGUGUUCCCCAGGGGAAAACUGCUCUUUUCUAUGUAUACUACAUCUCUCAUGGCUUCUCAUAUUACUGCUAUGCUAUUGACACCCAGCUCUAUUUGUCCUUCCAGCCUGAUCAUAAAGCCAUCUCAGAACGCAUCUCUGCCUGCCUGUCUGACACCACAAACUGGAGGAGGGAACGCCACCUUAAACUCAACUUGGCAAAAACUGAGCUUCUUGUCACCCCUGCCUGCCCCUCAAUCAACCAAAACCUCAUCAUACAGCUUGGCUCAAUCACACUCAAGCCAACCAGGACAGCCAGAAACCUUGGGGUGACUUUUGAUGACAACUUUACCUUUACAGACCACAUGUCAACUACUGCAUGAUCCUGUA